GACUUGGCACAUGUGUCACUCGGGACGAAGGUUUCCACCUGGAAUGCAAAAAGAUUCCAAUUAAGCGUAAUUCUCAAUGUAUUGACAAGUCCCUACUAGCUCCUCGCUCUCAGCUUACGUUAGCCGCCUUCAACGUCCGAACCCUUAUGCAGAUUGGAUCACAGGCAGCUCUCGCUCGCACUUUGGAGACUCUCGCCAUCGAUGUUUGUUGUCUAUCCGAGACCCGAAUUCAAGACUCUUGUACUGUACUGCAGCUCACCUCUCCGUCUGUCGAUUCAAAAAGCUCGUUUACAUUGCGCUUAUCCGGGGACACACCUGCUCAAGCGGCUGGAGUGGCCGGAGUGGGAAUUGCGUUAAGCGCACGUGCAGAGAAUGCCUUGGUUGAAUGGAUCCCAAUCAAUAGCAGACUCUGUGCGGUUCGACUGGAGACCUCGGUGAAACCCUCGAAACAAGAGCGUACCAAACGAUGUUUGUUUGUUAUCUCUGCUUAUGCUCCCACAGACUGCAGCUCGGAUGCAGUCAAAGAUGAAUUCUACGAACGCCUCACCGAACUCCUCCACAAAAAGCGUCGCACAGACAUUGUGGUACUUGCAGGAGACUUGAACGCACAAUUGGGUAGAUUAGCGGCUGAUGAACGUGAACUUGGUGGUAGACAUACUCAUGGUUCUCAUCGAACAGACAAUGGCGAACGCCUCUUGCAUUUUUGUGCAGACCACGGUCUGUUUCUGUCGAGUACCAAUUUUCGACGUUCAUGGCGUCAACGUGCCACCUGGAGACCUUCAACACCUGGUCAAUCGUGGACUCAAAUCGACCACAUCGCCAUCAGCUAUCGUUGGCGAGGCUGCAUAACUGACUGUAAAUCAAUAUGGAGCACCUGCCUUUCAUCUGAUCACGCACUGUUAUACGCUCGGUUUGCAUUGCGUUUUGGUGGUUGCCCAAAACGUAACCGGAAACGGAUCGAUGCUGAGAAACUUGCCGAUCCACAAAUGCUCGAAAAAUACCAAAAAGUGCUAGCUUCCAGGCUUGCAGUUGUCGCAACCCCAGACGUUGAUGCACACUGGAGCCAUAUCCGUAGUGCAAUGUACAAGUCCGCAAUCGCUGUUUGCGGCUUCACAAAGCGUGCUGUAAAACACUGGAUCUCCGCUCGAUCUCUGGAACUUCUCGACGCUCGCCGGAACAUUCCUUCCGGCAGCGAGUACAAUUCUAUCCGCAAAAUUACAAACGCGGAACUCAAAGCGCAUCUCCGCCAAGAUCGGGAGGCCUGGUGGGAACAACGCGCGACUGAGCUGGAACAGGCUGCCAUGUGUGGUAACCAUCGAAAGUUGUUCCAGCUCAUCCGAGCCACUGGUGGAAAAAUGCCUGCUGUAAGUGAGACGAUCUGUGAGGUAGAUGGUGCGCCAAUUCACAAUUUACAACGGCGACUCGAACGUUGGGCGGAACACUUCGAACAGCAGUUCAACUGGCCUUCAGCGCCGUUGACCUUGUCAUCCAGCACACAGAAUGUUCCAUGGUCUGUGGAUGUUUCACCACCAACAGAAACCGAAGUUUCUAACGAGCUUCGACUUUUGAAGCGCCACAAAUCACCUGGCCCAGACGAACUCCCUCCGGCUCUUUUUAAAGAUGGGGGUCCUAUCCUUAUCAAGGAGCUCACAUCCCUUCUUCAGAAGGUGUGGUCAAGCGAAUUUGUUCCGUCAGAAUGGGGUAUGGCUGACAUCAUUCCCAUCUUUAAAAAGGGUCUACGUAACGUAUGCAAUAAUCAUCGAGGGAUUAGUCUUCUUCCAGUCGCGUCCAAGAUUUUGGCCUCCAUCAUACUUCGCAGACUCAGUCGAGCACGUGAACAGAAUAUCCGCGAGGAACAAGCUGGUUUUCGUCCUGGUCGGGGUUGUUCAGAUCACAUCUUCACUCUCC